ACUGUUUACACUUUAUGCCAAUGCUAACAUGGAAUUGAAUAUUUAAACUAUGUAUUUUAAUUUUGAUUUAUUUUAUAUUUUUAUUUGCGAUGUAAACCUCAUGAAUAAUUAGUUAAGUUGACUCCAUUCGUUCUAAUUAGAUAAAGAGGAUAAUUUUUUGAAUGUAUUUUUUAUGCGCAGAACGCAUUUGUCGGAUCAAAUGUCUAAAGUUCAGAAUCAGUUUUGCCACGUGGUUUGAAUUGAAAUGGAUCAAAUUUCUCUUUUAUCGAAUUUUCUAAACGACUAUGAAGGUCGUGAUAAAUUCCUAAGACUUUUCUCGUAUACUGCUAAAUUUGCGUGUGGAGUAACUUCCGGGAGAACAGCUGGGAAUUUGAAAAAAGUUUCAAGUGAAAUGAGCAAUUGUAGAGUAGUUCUAAGACUGAUGGAUGACAUUCCUGCUUGGCACGAUGCUCUGUCAUACGAGUGGACUCGAAAGCAAUCGAAGUUGAUUGACUACGUGAGCGCCAUUCAAACUGUAAUCGACGUGAUUUAUUCCCCGAUUGAAAGUAUAUGCUGGGCUGGAGGACAUAGAAUUUUAUCAAUCAAUACUGAACUGUGGGACACUACAACCACGUAUUUUUGGAUCACAUCAAUAUCUCUGUCCUUAAUUAAAUCAGCUUAUAAAAUCAUCGAGUUGAACAAGUACAAACAAUGUUUAAAUGACAAAUCUAAUAAUAGGAUACAGAGGAAUAAAAUAAAAGUGCAGCAACGCUCCGAACUAGUAACUUGCAUCAGAUUGAUUCUCGACUUUAGUUACGCUGUGAGUUACUUGCCCAAAGGCACACUUUAUGGAGGAAAACUAAAAACUUGGCAAGUGGGUGCGUUGGGAACGUUGUCUUCGUUAAUCGCUAUUUACCAGGCAUUGAAUAAACGAGCCAAAUCUUCAUAAUCCUACAAUUCAUCGUUAUGAUUACAAUUAUUGUUAAAUAAUAUUAAAUGUACGAAAGAUCGUUACAUAUGUUAUAUGUAUGUAAACGGAUAGUUUCAUAAAAUUGACGUUUUUGUAACUAUCCGUACACAUAAGCUGGUGGAGGGUUGAACAGGUACUGUAGGAGAGUCGACAGUAAUAAAGAUUUCUUCCAUCAAUACGGCGAACGGUUAAAAUCAAAAGUACAGAUUAAUCAAGUGAACUAUUAACUUAUUUAACUUUAAAUUUCAUACGACGCGACAAUUUAUGGUACAAAAGUAAGGAAUGCAAUGUACAUAAGCAAAAUUUGCAAAUUCAGCUAUUAUUUUAUUUACAAUAAAGAAUUUGUUUAAAUAA